CCCAACAGGGAGCCAUAAAAUUUCCUGUAAAUGUAAUCCCAGUUCUUUUUAUGCUCUGAGAGUAAACUUAUCUGUUGUUUUAAAGGAAAAUGAUAAAAAAUGAAAAAUAUGAAGGUUUUCCAGAGGGAGGAAACCGCAAUAUAGACUGUCCCAAAAUGUCAUGUUUGACAGACAUUUAAAUUGGACGUUGAUAUGGCGAAACCAGGCAGCGUUCGAGGUCUGUUUCCAGUUGAUAUUCUGACCUCGCCCGACAUCCCUGAAAAGGGAACUGGGGAGGCGGCAGACUUCAUCUCCAGUCUCAGCUACAAUGGGAAGGAGGCAGACAUUCUGCAGUGCAGUAAAUGUAGCGGGCAGGUUGCAGCCACCCGUGCCACAGUGAGUGUCCAGGCCAUAUUCAACAGUGGCAGUGACUACAGUGUACCAUCCUUGUACUGCGGAAAAUGCCACUUUCCCUUUGUCGGCAUGCAUGUUGCUGGGGAGUGGUGGACAGUAGAGGAGCUCCUCACAUCCAGGGACUCCAGCAGACAGGGCUUUCAGAAGGUUGAGACCCUAGGGGAGCGUCUUGUCCUGUUUGUGCUGAACCGGAUAGUGUACCGGUGCUGUGACAUGGACAGCAUGACAGAUAGCCCCUUCCUCACCCACUCUGCACAGGAGACAGCCAAACUGCUGUGGGUGGACGGAAAAGCUGUCGGCUUCUACACAGUAAAGCUGAAAGGUACCUUAUGUCCCACUUUCCUGAACAAAGUGUAUGGACUGGACCUGAUUGACACCAUCUUUAUCAGGAAGUCACACCGUAACCGUGGUUAUGGUCUGCAGCUGUUGGAGGACAUUCUAGAGAGUCAUUCUGAGGGCAACGUCGGCUUCAGCUACCCCAUGUCUGACUCCAUGUACACAGUGUGCUACAAGUACCUGCUGAGCCAUGUGGAGGACAGGGACUACCUGUGGGAGUGUCUGGCACCAGGAGACGAGAUGCAGAGGGCCAACAUCUGGCUCCAGCUGCACGGGGAGAGGAGGGCCAUCGCCCAGGCAGUGGAGGCCAAGAUCAGCCUCACAACUCCGGUGAACGGUGACGUGGGCAGCAGUGAUGAGAACUCCAUGGAGGUGGAUCAAGAGGAGUCUGCUGAUGACUCUGUCUGCUCACCGGCUAACGGUGACGUCACUGAACAGGAACAACCUGAGGGGAGCCAGGAGGAGGAGGAUUCCACCAUGGAGGAAAAAGUAGACGAGGCCCAAGAAGAAGAAGAAGAUCAAGCAGGAGAGGAGGAGGAGGAGGAGGAAGUACCAGAGGCUACUGAAGAGGAGAUGGAGGAAGAAGAAGAGAUGGGGAGCCAGGAGGAGGAGGAGAAGGAGGAGGUACAAGUGAGUGCUGAUGAGGGACAGCAGGAGGAAGAGGAUGCUGAGGAACACCCCAAGGAAAUGCAGGAGGAGGACACUGCAGAUGAAGAAGCAGUAGUUUUAGAGGAGGCUACUAAAGAGGAGGAGUUGGAGGACAAAAUAACUGAGGAGGAUGCAGUCACAUCUGAGGGGGCAGAAGAAGAAGAAGUGGAAUUGGUUGAAGAGGAAAAUAUUGCAGAGGCACUCACUGAAGAAGAAGAGGAAAAGGAGGAACAAGAAGUUCCUUCUGAGGUUCUAGAGGAGAAUGCAGAUAAGAUGGACACCUCAGGAACUGAAGAUGUUGCUGCACAUGUUGAAGAUGAGACCAAGGAAGAUGCAAAUGCUGCUGAAAUAACAGAUGGAGAUGAGGAAAAACUGGAGGAUGUCGAAUCAGAGCCACUGCAAAAAGAAGAACCAGAGGAGCUCUGUGAGAAAGAACUGGAAACAGAAGCCAGCCCUGAAGGCAAUGAUGCAGUAGAGGAGGCUGGCAAAGAACCAGAACCAGAACCAGGCACAGCUUCCACUGCAGCAGAGGAAACUGAACACAAGGAUGAUGUUACUGAAGAGAGAUGUGAAACUACGGAGCCACAAACAGACGAUGCAGCCAUUGCUUCUACAGCUACAACUACGGGAGACGACACAGAACAGGAGACAGAGGCUACUGAACAGAGUUCAGAAGCAGGGGAAGAUGUCAUCACACAUGGAGAGACAGAAGCACCACCAGCAGAAGUGGAGCAAGAGCCUGUACAGUACAACGACACUGCAGUAGAGGCUGAUGAGACUCAUGCAGAAGAGGAGACUGAGGAGGAAACGUCACAGGAACCAGAAACAUCAGCAGCAGAUGGAAAUGUUCCAGACAUGUCAGGAGAAGCCAGCACGUCACAGGAAGGAACUCAAGUACAGGACCUUCUGACAGAACCUCUGAGCUGUAAGGAGAACGAGGCAUCGGGGAGUAAGGACCAGGACAGUGCAGACAGCUCUCAGGAGGACAUGGAGGAGGUCAAGCAGAAACGAGGCCGGGGAAGGCCCAGGAAGAACAAGGCCAAGGAAGAGGCAAAGGCACCUCCUCAAGAAACAGAAGAAGAUGAGAUGUUGGACAAGGAGAACACGACAGACGAGGAACUCUCCACCGGGAAGGACCAGGACACGGGAGACAGUUCUCAGGACGAGGAGACAGAGGAGCUGAAGAAACCACCCAGAAGAACCCCUCGGGCAGGGAGGGGCAGGAAGAGGAGAUCCAAGGUUAAGGAGGACGAGGAGAACAUGCCAAAUCCCAGGACCUCCAAGAGAAGAAAGGUUUAAUGGAUUUGCAAUUUCUGGACUUCACGCUGAGCCAAGAAUUCCAAGUCUCCAGUUUUCACUGUCAACUCCAUUCCCACCGAAGGACUCUUAAAUAACCCAACUGUAAACACGAGAUCAGGACAUGUGACUGGGCAGGCAUGUGUACAUGUACAUGUACUUGGAGCAUGUCAGCAGAACGUCCUGCGCAAAACCCAUAACGUAUUAUGCAUAGCACUUUCAAAUUGGUAGAACAUCUCAUAUGAGGUUAACACUCUGUCUGUAGUUUCCUGAUAUGU